AUGGCUUCAACAACGGAUCAAAUCAAAUCUGCAUCGGCACGAGCGUACCAGUUGCCAUUAACUAAAGUCAAAUCAAUAAUAAAACUUGAUAACAAUACACGUAUGAUUAGUCAUGAUAGUGUUUAUUUAUUAACCUUAGCCACUGAAGAAUUUAUUCGCAUGUUAACACGUGAUGCUCAUAGUUCGAUGAAACAAUGUGCAUCCAAACGAUUAGAUCGUUUACAUAUGCUUAGUUCCAUAAAUACAAAUCCAUUAUAUGAAUUUCUUGAUGGUUCUUUCGACUAA